AGCAAUCAGUGUUAGCUGAGCUCUUUGACGGACUGAAGCCAAGCAGCCCUGUUUGCUGGCUUCUGCAAUGACCGGCAGACAUACGCAGCUGCAGAAAAGCAGCCUUUUCACAUGAAGCUGGGUCCUACGGCAACCAUGACAAGCAAGAGCGGGUCCAACGGUCCACCUUCUACAACAACAGUUAGUUCUGUCUUUGUUCAGGCUGGAGACUGCAGAAUUGUCUUAGGUAUACUCAAGUGUGGGAAAUGGGUGCAGCUCCAGCUGUCUGAAUCCGUACCAAAUUUGUUAGAAAUUGGAGGCAACCAGGAAGAAACCAAAAAAUUGUUACAGGAUCAUGAACUUCUCUUGUCUAAACUCAAGCCUCUGGAAGACCAGGUUCGGGACCUGUUACGUGAAGCAGACAAAACUGUGGAAGAAAACAAAGAUCAAGAAGAGGUGUACGAUGCCAUGGCGGAGACACUGGGAGAUGCUUGGGACUCCCUUGUUAUUGUUCUAGAGAAACGCAGGGAACUUUUGAAACUUACUGCAGAUUUUUUUGAAAAAGCUCUGGAGUUUGCUAUGAAAAUCGACCAAGUUGAAGAUUUCCUGCAGAACUCCCAAGAGUUUGAGAAUCCGGAGUCUUUGACAGCACUCCUGAACCAGCACGAACGUCACACCAAAGAGCUGCUAGAGAAAUCACUGCUCCUCUUAAACAAGAGCCACGACCUUACCGAAUUCAUAGAGGAAUUCAAGGCUGAUGGGCCGAAUGUAAACCCGGAAUUCAUCCAGGGGGCCCACAGAAGCUGCCUGAAAAUUGGUAAUCUCCUUGAAGUUCUGCAAGACAGGAGACGGCAACUGGGUAAAUUCUUAAAGCUGCAGCGCCAAGGACUGGAGCAAGUUUUGCAAAUCUGCCAGUGGCAUCGGUGGGAAAAUCAGAAACUGGAAACUGCCAACGUUAGCUGCACAGAACUCCACAAAAUCCUGGGUGAGCUUCGUGAAAAACCUAAGGAGAGGAGACAGAAACAGUUCUAUCGAAGAUCUGCUGCAGCCAUUCUGGUCAACAUCUCUGCAUCUGAAAGGGCAAAAUUCCAAACAGAAGCAGACUAG